UAAGUGAGGAAGCUGAGGACAUGAAAAGAAAGAUCGCGCCCGCCAUGGCCACAGUGACUGAUGCGGACAUUGAGAUUGAAGCCUCGGUUGGCAGAGCACGAGCGAUAAAGCGCCAAAUAAACGCUAACCACUUUUUCAUUAAUGCGUUGGCAUCGUGUUCCUUCCGCGGACAAAGGUAAGUGUGGGCCUACGCUCGGCAUGGACGUUGGUUCGAGCAGACGAUACCCAACCUUGGGGACCAGAACUUCCGGUAAUCCCUUCGCGUGUCGCAAACGACAUUCAAAUACCUGGUGGAUGUUUGCAGGCCUACGAUGGAACGCCAGACUACAAACAUGCGCGAAGCCAUUCCAGUGCACAAGGGGGUCGCCGUAGCGCUUUACAAGCUUUGUUCGUCCGCCGAGGACAGAACAAUCACUAACCUUUUCGACCUGGGCAGGUCCAAUGUGAAUGUUAUUUAUCGCGAGUUUUGUGAAGCCGUGGUGGAAUUACUGGAAUACCAAUGGGUGAAAACGCUAACUGGAAUUGAUAUGGAGGAUCACAUUACAGAGUUGCAGCUUUCUACCGGGUUUCCGCAAUGUGUGGGCGCUCUGGACGGAUGCCAUUUUCCGGUUUCUCCUCAGAAGGAAUACGUCAAUGACUACUUCAAUUAUAAAGGCUGGUACAGUGUGAUACUGCUCGCACUAGUGGAUCACAACUACAUGUUCCGGUUCAUCAACGUUGGGUCACCAGGAAGAUGUCACGAUGCACAUGUGUAUCAUCAGUCAAAUCUGUCGCGCCUCAUUGAAAGACCUACCUUCAGGAAGCCUACAACCACAUUGAGCAACGUUGCUGUGCCGCCACUGCUACUUUGUGAUCAAGCAUUUCCCCUCACGCCGAACUUAAUAAAGCCAUUUGCCAGCACUGGCUGUUCUGACGAGCAGAAAAAUUUCAACUACAAAUUAUCAAAAACACGCAGAAUAGUAGAAAAUGCCUUUGGACGGCUGAAAGCUCGUUUCAGGUUCAUAAUGAAGCGGAUGGAGGGUGACAUCAGCCAUGUACCAAUCAUUAUAAGGGCAUGCUGUGUGCUCAACAGUAUUUGCGAGCACUACAGUGACAGUGUGCCACAGCAAUGAAUAAACGAAGAACAGCUGCAUGACGCAGUAUUUCCACAACCAGCGCACACCACAGACGCACACAUUGCUACUGGCAAGAACAUUUGAGCUGCGCUUGCCAGGCACUUCCGUCAACAGAUGAACCAAUAGUCAAGACAGGAUGCGGAAAAGUUCUAUUGCUCGAUCUUUAUUUACUUAAAAAUGUAGACGUCAGGUCCACUAACUUCUCCUGUGCGUUGACUUGCCGUUCUCGCAAAGCCUGUUCCGAUUUGGUGGCAUCCUCCAAGGCAGCUAUUAAUUUGCUUUGCUGCUCCAACAGGGUGUUGCGAAACGUUUCAGUGGCAGACGUCCUCUUACGUUUUGCCGGACGGCGCUUUUGUGGCUGUGCAUUCUGUGCCUCUGGUGCACUUUUUGCUCUUUCUGUGUUGUUUGUUGUUGUGCGGUCCUCGAUGUCAUUUGAAGGAAUAUGUGUCUGUUCAUCCCCAGAUGUGCCAGACUCCAUGCUUGAAAUGAUCUGGAAUAAAUAAAAUAUUAU